UGUGGGACGCUUCGGCUCCAGCCAGUGAAUGAGGCGGAGGAGUGAGGGCGAGGAGGAGGAGGAGGGCGAGGAGGAGGAGGCGGAGGAGGCAGGGCGCGAGCGAGUGCCCAGGGUGAAUCAAUGGAAACCCCCUCACGAAGCCGGGAAAACACUUCAGCCGCAGCCAAAUAGCAUUGAUUAUUUUCCUUCACUUCCCUCACCGCCGUGAAUUUAUUUAUUUAUUUUUUCCAUCUCCGUCCCCGACGCCCCGGAGCGAGUGCUGGAGGGAGGGAGGAGGAGGGGGGAAGGAAUCAACACAUCGGAGAAGUCCCUUCCAAGAGCCGCCCCCUCCCCUCCCCGCCUCGCGCUGCGCGGCGGCCGCGGUUCGACUCCCGUCCCUGCUUCCAGCUGAGGUGGUACUGGCUGUCACGCUGAAAUGAACCUCCAGCACUCCUCCGUCUACCAUGGCCACCCUUAACUCAGCCUCCACUGCUGGCACCACCCCCUCCCCCGGGCACAAUGCUCCGUCCCCACCUCCGGACACCUCCUCCUCCAACUCCCCCUCUGACCCUGUCACCAAAGAUCCCCCUGCUGCCCCCUCUACCACUGAGGGCAUGAGGCCCUCAGAGCUAGGGGGACAGCCUCUAGAGUCAGGCUGUGAUCUCGUCCCACCAAAGGAGAUCGGGGAGCCCCAAGAAGAACCUGACUGUGGUGGCUUCACACCAAAGGACCCAGGGGUAGCAAAGGACAAGGAACAGGAGCAAGAGGAAGAAGGGCUCCCUCCCGUGGACCUAAGCAACCACUUCUUCUUUUCAGCUGGCGGUGAGGCCUACCUAGCGGCCAAGCUGUGCUUGCCAGGCAGCAAAGAAUUCCUGUUACCAAAGGGCUUCCCCUGGGGUGAAGCAGGCAUCAAGGAAGAGCCUAGCCUGCCCCCCCUUGCCCACCCAAUCCCCACACACCUCACUGUACUUCACAUCCAACAAGGCUUUGACCCAAUCCAAGGCUUUAGCUCUUCUGACCAAAUUCUGUCCCAUGAUACCUCAGCGCCAUCUCCGGCUGCCUGUGAGGGAAGGGAUGGAGCCUUCUGGAGCUACCAGCUGGCUCCAAACCCACCCGGAGAUCCCAAAGAUGGUCCCACGGGGAGCACUGGGGGAGAUCACAGGGCCCUCUUCUGGUUCUGCCUUCAGUGCCGUCUGGGUUUUAGCAGGCCCCAGGCCUUUAUGGGGCACACACAGUCUCAUGGGGUGACACUAACCCCUACCCAAUACCAGGGCUUGCUAGGCAGCCCAGCUGUGCUCCAGGAAGGAGACGAGGGCUGCACAGCCCUUCUAAGCUUUCUGGAACCAAAAUCCCUUGCUUGUCCCCCUCUUGAGACGCCUCUUGACAACAGCAGCACAGUGAACGUGGAGGGGAAGGCAGCCCAGACUGAGGAUGGUCCUCCUGAGGCGGAAGUCCAGGCCCUUGUCCUCCCCACUGAAGAAGUCAUGGCCCUCAGCCCACCCUCCCCACCCACAACUCCAGCCACCUGGGACCCCAGCCCAACCCAAGCCAAAGAAUCGCCAGUAGCAGCAGGCGAGGCAGGGCCAGAUUGGUUCCCUGAGGGGCAAGAGGAUGGGGGGCUCUAUCCCCCUCUCAACCAAAGCUCACCCACCUCUAAGGAGGGGGGCACUCUCCCUCCUCCAGGGGGCUCCCCUGAAGACCCUAGUGACCCACCCCAGCCCUACCGCCUGACUGACGACUACACUGCAGCUCCUGCAACCUUCCAGGGCCUCAGCCUGUCCAGUCACAUGUCCCUGCUACACUCCCGGAAUUCUUGCAAGACACUAAAGUGUCCCAAGUGCAACUGGCACUACAAAUACCAGCAGACGCUGGACGUGCACAUGCGGGAGAAACACCCGGAGAGCAACAGCCACUGCAGCUACUGCAGUGCCGGGGGCGCACACCCCCGCCUUGCUCGUGGAGAGAGCUACAACUGCGGCUACAAGCCCUACCGCUGCGAUGUCUGCAAUUACUCUACUACCACCAAAGGCAACCUCAGCAUCCACAUGCAGUCAGACAAACACCUGGCCAACCUUCAGGGCUUCCAGGCAGGGCCCGGGGGACAAGGAAGUCCCCCGGAAGCCUCACUCCCACCCUCUGCAGGAGACAAAGAGCCCAAGACCAAAUCAUCCUGGCAGUGCAAGGUGUGCAGCUAUGAGACAAACAUCUCCCGCAACCUGCGCAUCCACAUGACCUCGGAGAAGCACAUGCAGAACGUCCUAAUGCUGCACCAGGGGCUGCCGCUGGGCCUGCCUCCUGGUCUGGUGGGGCCAGGACCACCUCCCCCACCAGGGGCAGCCCCCACCAACCCGCCUGAACUCUUCCAGUACUUUGGACCCCAGGCCUUAGGGCAGCCUCAGACUCCCAUGCCUGGCCCUGGGCUGAGGCCAGACAAACCCCUGGAAGCCCAGCUGCUUCUCAAUGGUUUCCACCACCUUGGAGCACCUUCCCGCAAGUUUCCCACACCUGCCCCUGGCAGCCUGUCCCCUGAGGCCCACCUGCCUCCAAGUCAGCUCCUGGGCUCCUCAUCCGAUGGCUUGUCCACCUCACCACCCCCAGAUGACAGCCCAUCCCUGAAGGUGUUCCGCUGCCUAGUGUGCCAGGCCUUCAGCACAGACAGCCUGGAGUUGCUGCUCUACCACUGCAGUGUGGGCCGGAGUCUCCCAGAAGCCGAAUGGAAGGAAGUGGCAGGUGAUACCCACCGCUGCAAGCUCUGCUGCUAUGGCACCCAGCUCAAGGCCAACUUCCAACUCCACCUCAAGACUGACAAACAUGCGCAGAAGUACCAGCUAGCAGCCCACCUGCGGGAAGGGGGCGGGGCCACAGGCACCCCCACCCCGGUCCCCCUGGGUGAUGGGACCCCUUACGGGUCUGUUUCCCCCUUGCAUCUGCGCUGCAACAUCUGUGACUUUGAGUCCAACAGCAAGGAGAAGAUGCAGCUGCAUGCCCGGGGCUCAGCCCAUGAAGAAAACAGCCAGAUCUAUAAGUUCCUGAUGGAAAUGGAAGGAGCAGAGGCAGGGGCUGAGUUGGGGCUUUACCGCUGCCUACUGUGUGCCUGGGAAACACCCUCUCGCUUGGCUGUGUUGCAACACCUCCGUGCACCUGCCCACCGGGAUGCUCAAGCCCAGAGGCGCCUGCAGCUGCUACAGAAUGGCCCAAUGGCUGAGGAAGGACUCUCAGCACUUCAGAGCAUUCUAAGCUUCAGCCCUGGGCAGCUCCGAACUCCCGGGAAGGCUCCUGUCACCCCUCUAGCUGAGCCAUCCACCCUUGAGAAAGAUCCCCAGAACAAGACAGAACAGUUGGCUUCUGAAGAGGCAGAGAACAGGACUGGUCCUUCCAGAGACAGUGCCAACCAGACCACGGUGUACUGCUGUCCAUACUGCAGUUUCCUGAGCCCAGAAUCUGACCAGGUGAGGGCUCACACACUCUCCCAGCAUGCAGUGCAGCCCAAAUACAGGUGCCCCCUGUGCCAGGAGCAGCUGGUAGGCCGGCCUGCCCUGCACUUCCACCUCAGCCACCUGCACAACGUGGUACCCGAGUGUGUCGAGAAGCUGCUGCUUGUGGCCACAACUGUAGAGAUGACCUUUCCAACCAAAGUGCUGCCUGGGCCCUCACUAAGCCCUCUGGAGGAUGGCUCCGAAGCCCCCACCCCUGGGCCAGAGCCCACACCCAGCAGAGACCAGGCAGCAGAAGGCCCUAACCUGACUUCAGAAGCCAGCCCAGAUCCUCCUCCUGAGCCUCCUCUGGCCCCAUCUGAGGCUCCAGAUAAGCCCCUGGGAAGCCCUGAGCAACCGUCUUCUCCAGCCCCAUCUCCAGUCCCUCAGCCUGACACCCAAGCUGAAGAAGUAGCUCCUCCACCCACCAUGACUGAAGAAGAAGAUGGGUCCAUGGGGGAGCCUCGCUCUGCAGAGCCAACCCCAGCUGAUCCUCGCCACCCUCUGACCUAUCGGAAAACCACUAACUUUGCCCUGGACAAGUUUCUUGACCCUGCCCGGCCCUACAAGUGCACUGUGUGUAAAGAGUCCUUUACCCAGAAGAACAUCCUUUUGGUUCAUUAUAAUUCUGUCUCCCACCUGCAUAAGAUGAAGAAGGCUGCCAUUGACCCCUCAGGCCCUGCCCGAGGAGAGGCUGGUGCCCCACCAACCACUACCACUGCCGCAGACAAGCCCUUCAAGUGCACAGUCUGCCGAGUUUCCUACAACCAGAGCUCCACCCUGGAGAUCCACAUGCGGUCAGUUCUGCACCAGACUCGCUCAAGAGGGGCCAAGGCCGACACCAAGGCUGAGGGGCCAGAGCGUAGCCAAGAAGAGCCCAAGGAAAGCGAGACUGAGGGGGAGGCGGGCACUGAGAAGAAGGGCCCUGACCCCAGUGGCUUCAUAUCUGGACUGCCCUUCCUGUCCCCACCUCCUGCCCCCUUGGAUCUGCACCGAUUCCCAGCCCCCAUCUUCACUCCACCAGUGCUGCCCCCCUUUCCUCUGGUGCCCGAAUCACUGCUUAAGCUCCAGCAGCAGCAGCUGCUCCUGCCCUUCUACCUCCAUGACCUCAAGGCGGGGCCCAAGCUGGCAUUAGCUGGCCCUGCACCUAUGCUGUCCCUGCCAGCUGUCACCCCACCUCCUCCACCUCCACCCCCUAGGGCUGAGCUGGCCGAGCAGGAAUGGGAGCGGCCAGUCCUAGCUGAGGAGGGAAACGAGGCAGGGCCAUCCUCACCAUCCCACCCACUGCCCAAUGAGGCUACCCGCACCGCAGCCAAAGCCCUUCUAGAAAACUUUGGCUUUGAGCUGGUGAUUCAGUACAAUGAAGGGAAGCAGGCUGUGCCCCCUCCCCCAACACCACCUCCUCCAGAGGCCCUGGGGGGUGGGGACAAGCUGGCCUGUGGGGCCUGUGGGAAACUCUUCUCCAAUAUGCUUAUCCUCAAAACACAUGAGGAGCACGUCCACCGCCGCUUUCUGCCCUUUGAGGCUCUGAGUCGUUAUGCUGCCCAGUUUCGAAAGAGCUAUGAUAGCCUAUACCCACCCCCUGUGGAGCCCCCCAAACUUCCUGAUGUGUCUCUCAAGUCACCUGCCCCUCAGUUGGGCCCACCUUUCCUAGUCCCAGAGCCUGAGGCAGGGGGGACCCAUGCCCCUGAAGAGCAAAGCCGGGCAGGAGGAUGCUGGCCUACGGAGGAGGAAGAAAGCUCCAGAGGGAACCUUCCUCCCCUAGCACCUGCAGGCCGCAGGUUCUCCAGAACCAAAUUCACAGAGUUCCAGACCCAGGCCCUGCAGUCUUUCUUUGAGACCAGUGCUUACCCCAAGGAUGGAGAGGUGGAGCGGCUCUCAAGUCUGUUGGGUCUGGCCAGCCGUGUGGUAGUUGUGUGGUUCCAGAAUGCCCGCCAGAAAGCACGCAAAAAUGCCUGUGAAGGUGGGCCUGUGCCAACUGGAGGAAGCUCCGGGGGAGCCUCUGGCUGCAGGCGAUGCCACUGCACUUUCUCCUGCGUUUUUGAGUUGGUACGGCACCUCAAGAAGUGUUAUGAUGAUCAGACUCCUGGGGAGGAAGAGGAAGAGGCAGAGAGAAGGGAAGAGGAGGAAGAGGUGGAAGAAGAUACAGAGGAGGAACGGGGCCUGGAAGCCCCAACAGGGCCUAAGGGUCCAUCGCCAGAACCUGCAGAAGUGGAGGAGCUGAGCCAGGCAGAGGCAGCAAUGCCAGGAAGCAAAGAGCCGGAAGGGAAGGCCCCUCCCUCGCCUUCCCCAGCCCACACCUGUGAGCAGUGUGCUGUCUCCUUCCCCAGCCAGGACCUCCUAACCAGUCACCGCCGCCUACAUUUCUUGCCAUCUGUGCAACCCAGCGCCCCUUCCCAGCUCCUAGAUCUGCCCUUGCUGGUGUUUGGGGAGAGAAAUCCUCUGGUGGCAGGCACCUCACCAGUGCCAGGACCACCCCUCAAAAGGAAGCAUGAGGAUGGCAGCCUGUCCCCCACAGGCAGUGAAGCGGGGUGUGGAGCAGAUGGGGAGCCCCCCAGGGACAAGCGCCUGCGCACCACCAUCCUGCCUGAGCAGCUGGAGAUCCUGUACCGCUGGUACAUGCAGGACUCCAACCCAACACGCAAGAUGCUCGACUGCAUCUCUGAGGAGGUGGGGCUCAAAAAGCGAGUGGUGCAGGUCUGGUUCCAGAAUACCAGGGCCAGGGAGCGGAAAGGCCAGUUUCGAAGCACUCCUGGGGGGCUGCCCAGCCCUGCAGUCAAACCUCCUGUCGCAUCUACCCCUGCACCCUUCCCCAAGUUCAACCUCCUGUUGGGCAAGAUAGACGACGGGACUGGGAAGGAGGCCCCAAAGAGGGAAGCACCUGCUUUUCCCUGCACCAUGGCCACCCCAGGUGCUGGGCCCAUGCCUUUCCCACCUCCAGGGAAGGAGGCCAGUACAUCCACAGCAGAGCCACCUCCACCUCUCCCACCUCCUGCUCCACCCAGUGAGGACGAGGGCCCCGAAGAAUCAGUUAAAGCUUCUCCAGACAGCGAGGCCUGCAGUCCCUCUGCAGGAGACCUAAGUGACUCAUCUGCCUCCAGUCUGGCUGAACCGGAGUCCCCUGGGGCUGGAGGGACCAGUGGGGGCCCCGGAGGCGGGAACGGGGCUCCUGAUGGGAUGGGGCAGCGGCGCUAUAGGACCCAGAUGAGCAGCCUACAGUUGAAGAUCAUGAAAGCCUGCUAUGAAGCCUACCGCACCCCCACCAUGCAGGAGUGUGAGGUGCUGGGGGAGGAGAUUGGGCUGCCCAAGAGAGUCAUUCAGGUUUGGUUCCAGAAUGCUCGGGCCAAAGAAAAGAAGGCCAAACUGCAGGGCAUGGCCGCUGGGGGAAAUGGGGGCAGCAGCGAGGGCCCCUCAGCAACCCAGCGCACUGACUGCCCCUACUGUGAUGUCAAGUAUGAUUUCUAUGUCUCCUGCCGAGGCCAUCUCUUUUCCCGCCAGCACCUGGCCAAGCUCAAGGAGGCAGUCCGAGCCCAGCUGAAGAGCGAAAGCAAGUGCUAUGACUUGGCCCCAGCACCUGAGGCAACCCCAGCUCCCAAGGCUUCACCUGCCACCACAUCUGCCUCCAUGCCCCUCGGGGCUGCCCCAGCCCUGCCUCGCCUGGCCCCUGUCCUCUUGUCUGGCCCAGCUCUGGCCCAGCCACCACUUGGCAGCUUAGCUCCUUUCAGUGCAGGCCCUGCGGCCUCCUCAGGCCUCCUCAGCCUUGCUACUUCGGUCCUGCCUGCUACCACAGUGGUCCAGACUGCUGGCCCAGGCCGCCCCUUACCUCAGAGACCUGUGCCCGACCAAACCAACACCUCCACAGCAAGCACCACUGACCCUGUCCCGGGCCCGCCCACUGAGCCCUCGGGGAACAAGGUCUCUGGUGAGCGAAAGCCACUUACGGCCCCUAGCAACUCCUCCGCUGAUGCCCUCAAGAACCUCAAAGCAUUGAAGGCUACUGUCCCAGCCCUACUGGGAGGCCAAUUCCUGCCCUUCCCUUUGCCCCCUGCAGGGGGGACAGCACCGCCAGCUGUCUUUGGCCCCCAGUUACAGGGGGCCUACUUCCAGCAGCUCUAUGGCAUGAAGAAGGGGCUAUUUCCCAUGAACCCUGUGAUACCUCAGACCCUCAUUGGGCUGCUCCCCAACACCCUACUCCAGCCACCACCUCAGCCCCCUGAGCCCACAGCCACAGCACCUCCAAAGCCUCCUGAACUGCCAGCUCCUGGGGAGGGAGAAGCUGGCGAGGCUGAUGAGCUGCUGACAGGCAGUGCUGGCAUCUCCACCGUGGAUGUGACUCACCGCUACCUGUGCCGCCACUGCAAGAUGGCAUUUGAUGGGGAGGCCCCAGCCACUGCCCACCAGAGAUCCUUCUGCUUCUUUGGGCGGGGCUCUGGGGGCUCCAUGCCCCCCCCACUACGGGUGCCCAUCUGCACCUACCACUGCCUGGCAUGUGAGGUGCUGCUGAGUGGCCGUGAAGCCCUGGCCUCCCACCUACGCUCCUCGGCCCACAGGCGCAAGGCAGCCCCGCCCCCAGGGGGCCCACCCAUCACCGUCACCAACACUGCCACUGCUGCCCCGGCUGCUGUGGCUUUUGCCAAAGAGGAAGCAAGAUUACCUCACACGGACUCCAACCCAAAAACUACUACUACCUCUACACUUCUAGCUUUAUAAACAGAUAAACCAAGAUGGGAGACAGGAGGGCUCCUACUUUAACCCCAAAGGGUGUUUGGUGGGAGCUCUGAUCCCUGGCCCCAACCUUCGGCUCCGCCCACCUGCUGGGAAUCUUUCAGUUCCCACCGUCAGUGGGCCUCACGCAUCCCACCUCCAGCAGAGUCCUGCCUCCUCCCGUGCCCCACAAACACACGCUGACCUUUCUCCUCGGUCCUUGCGGAUGUCACCCUUGCCUGAUGUCUACACACACACACACACACACACACACACACACACACCUUGGCACCCUUAUUACUCAUAUCUGUCUGCCUGCCAUACACAAAAUGUACCCUUUGUUCCAUUUUCAUUUUCCCCAUUGACUCAGCACUCCCCCACUCCUAUAAAUGCACACACAUACACACUGUCCCAUGAUAUUCCACUGAGAAAACACAAAAAAAGAAGAAAAGAAAAAGAAGAAAGAGAAAAUAAAACCCAAGACAAAGAAGGGGGACAAAAUAAACUCUGCCACUCCCCCUUCUUCGCACCCCCUUGUCUAGAGCAUCAUACCGCUCAAACUUCCCAAAAACACAGUGGGCUCCCAGGUUUGGAGCCUGAGAUGGGCAGGGAGCCCACAAAACUCUUAACCAAACUGGAGGUUGGCAGGAGGAGAAGUGCUCCCAGUUCACUCUCCCUAGACCCCUCCCUCCUAAGCCUCUCCUCACCUGACAGUGGGGCGCUGGGGCCUGGACUCUAGGAAAAGCUGCCCCAGGAACCCCUCUGCCAGCCCCACCCUGCUCCCUGGGAACUGCAGUAGUUUAUUCUCAAAGGCUUUAAACACAGAGAUCCUCUCAGCAGCCAUGGGCCUGCCCCUUGUCCUUCCCCUGUUACGGGGCAGUUCGGCCUCUGGGGACCAGCGCUGCCCACCAACGGCAAAUCCAAAGUUAUUUUAAAAAGACUGAAACACACAACCAAAAAAACGAGAGCGAGAGAGAGUGCGUGCACAUACGCACAAAAGAGAGAUGGAGAGAUCAGAGAAAUGAACUAAAGAAAAACUUGGAAAAUACAAAAAAACCUCUUCCAUCAAACAAGUGGGUUUUUUCUUCCUGUUUGUGCCACCCCUCCCGUUUUAAAGGUGUCUUUAAACCACCUUGCCUCUGGAGAAGCAUAUGGCUUUAACUUUUUGCUGGUGUCUGGUGAUCCUCACAGGACUGGAAGCACUGCGGCCUUCUCCUCACCAUGCCAGCCUCACAGGCGAGGCUGGUAGUGUGGAGAAGAGCCGGGACUCCAGCGAGAGACAGGGCCAUCUCCCCGACUUAUUGCCAAGAUAGGUAACAUCCCCCCUUUCUCAGCUGUCAGAAAAGCCAUGUCACCAGAAGCACCUUGGCAGUCCCAGGAAGAAAGGGGUGGGUAGAUGGGGCAGUCUGUCUCGUGAAGCUGAGGUCUCUCCUGCCUACCACCGUUUCCACUCAUUUACCUUUUCCACAAACCACUCUUCCCCUCUCCUGUGGCCCCAUCACACUUCCGGAUACUGAACCUUCCUUGCUUUUGCAGGGCCCCUUGUUCCCCAUCUGCUCUUCUACCCCCUAUCCUCUGCCCUUGUCCUGCUCGCUCCAGCCUACCCAGCUCAGCUCCUCCAUUACACAGCGGGCAUCUACAGUGGACCCAGGGGUCUGAGCUGACACCAUGUGAGGCAAUGGGUAUGCAAGGAGAGGGCUGAAGCCCAGGGUGAGUCACUGACAGGGUGCUAUCACUCGGGGACCCCACAGAAGAAAACUGAGGGGUAAAGCCGCCUCACCUCACUGCCUCCGUAACUUCCAGGGGUUAAUUCUGACAACUCCAAAGCCCAGCUAAGGUGGAACAGGAUAGAGAAUUAGGUGUUUUAUUUUAGCAAACAAAAGCCUGCAAAAUUUCCUGUGUCACCCAGAAACCUUCUCCUACUCCUCUAUCCCUGAGAUCGCUCCACUCAGGCUGCUUCCACUAUUACCCAUUUAAUACUUGUAAGUCAGCCCUGGGACUUAGAGCUCCCAGGCUGUCAGUGACUCUGCUCUGUAAACGCUAAUCAUGAAGCAGUGGCUGGUGUACAGAAAAGAUGGGAGGGGAUAAGGGAGAGAAAAAAUUCAACUCAGUCCUUAGUCCCCAUGUAUUCUGUGAAUAUUGCUUCCUGUCCCAUCUACUUCUAAAAUUAAAAAUUACUAUCCCAGCCAACUGCAGGCAGGGUGGAGCGAGUUAUUCUGACGAUACCAAAAAUGUCAGUUACCAAUGUUGACAAUGGGAGAGAAAUGACCCGCUGUGGUCUGGCGUUUGCUGCUGUCCCUUUCUUGCUUCUCAACAUUCCUCUUGUACCCCACCCUCCUUGUCCUCUUCCCUCUCCCUUUAAAGUUCUGUGUAUAAAACUAUUUUCUUAGCAGCAUGCAUAUGAGGAAAGACGCUUUUUCACCUUGUGCUCUCUGGGAAUGUGACUCAUGUAUAAAACUUGAGAAAACUGAGAAAAAGAAGAAACGUUUUAAAGAAACUUUGGCAAACACCUAGUCCUGGAUGAUCAAAAAGCAUGGUGUCAUGCAUUGUAGGGGCUUAUAACCUGGGUAGGGUGGCUUUACUUUGAACUAUAAAUGUUUUCCUCAAGAGUUAAUGCAAAAAAAAAAAAAAAAAGUUAAUGCAGUGAGAAGAAAUUCUCCUCCUGCCCUCCAAUACCUCACACCUAAACACCCCAGCCAAGGAGGCCCUGAGGCACUGCGUACAUGCAUAGCAGGAGUGAAGAGCUGUCACUGAACAACUCUAUCCUGGAAUUUCAGCGGGAAGAGAGCCUGGCUGAUUGUGGACAGGCCAAGCAGCAUGCUUCUCCAUUCCAUGUGCCCAAGGAGCAUUCCUCCCAGGCCCUCUUUCAUACUAGACAUCCCUAGCAAUAACCUUGCUUCAGAGAACAACAUGUGGUGGUAGUUCUGGUAGACAGAAGGCUGAAUCAGCCUAGCCCUGUGCAGAAUCCUGCAGGUGACCACAUCUAGUACUCCAGGAUCUUGUGGAGUAACAGAUUUGAACUCCAGCACCUAGCACAUCAACACCUAAUUUAUAGCACCCUAUCCCAGCCUAUGUAUAAUGUAAGCCUGAACUGAUGGCUCAUAAGACGGGUCUUCCACAGCUUGGGGCAAAGAACUAAGAUUUCUGAAAUAUGCAGUCCUAAAGAGGCACCCAAAUGCACGUCCCUACUUAUGCCAGGGUCAUUACUGAGAGGCAGGAAGUAUAAUUGAUCUUGCCUAUCUUUGUUCUAAACCAGAACCUUUGUGAGGAUAACUUAAGGUACCCAAUUCUUUUUUUUUUUUUUUUUUUUUUUUUUCUCCGGUACUGGGAA